AUGAGUUCGUCGUCAUCACGGAGGUCGCGUAAAGCGACUGACAUGUCCAAGGUCAUGUUCACCAACGCCGUGUAUUUCCCCAACCAUCGAAUCUACCAAGGCGAUACCCCCGGCAUGCUCAACUACAGCUGCAUCAACCACGUUUACUACGCCUACGCUAGUGUUACAGCGGACGGUGGUGUCUUUUUAAGCGAUGAAUGGGCCGAUGCUAGGGCACCGGUGGAUGGAGUUCAAGGAGGUUUGGGAUCCUUGAUGCAUCUGAAACAGAAACAUCCCCAUCUCCAGGUUGUGCUGUCAGUUGGCGGCGCUGCGGCAUCCGAGACGUUCCCCAUCGUGGCAUCGAACACUCUAACUCGCGACAACUUUGCGCGAUCUGUCCGGGGACUGGUAGAAGCCUCUGGCCUUGACGGAAUCGACAUUGCUUGGGAGUAUCCAAGCGACUCCAAACAGGGACAUGACUUUAUCGCUUUACUGGCAGCGGUCCGAAUCCAUCUACCUGAGGAUUACUAUACUUUGACUGCAGCCCUGCCGACAAGCAGAGCAGUCCUUCACUAUAUUGACCUCAAGAUGGCUGCCGAGUAUCUCGACUACCUCAAUCUCAUGGCAUACAAUUUCUCGGGAUAUUGGAGCUCCAAGAGCGGGCACCAUGCCCAACUCUACUCGAUGAGUAAAGAUGAAGAGUCCGGGUCGUCUGGUGUAUCCUAUCUCAUAUCUCAUGGCUUCCCAGCCAAGAAAAUCCUCCUAGGUAUUCCGACCUUCGGCCGGAGCUUCCUCCACACCAGCGGGCCGGGACAUCGGUUCAGAGGUUGCGGUGGCGGCGAGGAUGGGACGUUCGAAUACAACCAACUCCCACGCCACGGCUGCAAGGAAGUGGUUGACAAGCGCCAUGUUGCCGCCCAAUGCGUUGGGGAUGAUGGAGGUUUCGUCACCUACGACAACCCCGAUACCGUGAAGUUGAAGGCGAGCUAUUGCAAGCAAAAGGGACUGGCUGGACUGUAUUACUGGGACGGCCCGGCAGACUCGAGGGAUAAAUCGAGAAGCCUGGUGGCGGCUGGCUUCCGCGCACUCCACACUUCAUGA